CCUGUCUCUCUGUUCUGUCUGCCAUUUCUCAAAAGCUCUGAUUUUUGUUGUGUAAAUUAUUGGUUAAGGUCGAUGGGGAGUUACAGGAUGUGCAUGUGCUUCACGAGGAAGUUCAGGGUGACGGAGGCAGAGCCACCGCUGGACGUCAAGGAGGCAUUCAACAAGUACGCCGAGGGAGGGACCUACAUGACAGCAGAGCAGCUGCAGAAUUUCUUGCUGGAAUUUCAGGCAGACGGCGGCGCGGCGGCGUCCGACGCCGAGCGGAUCGUGGAGCAGGUGCUGCAGAAGAGGCACCACAUUGCCAAGUUGAUCAGCAGGCGCACUCUCACCCUCGACGACUUCCACCAUUACUUGUUCUCUCCCGAUCUCAACCCCCCCAUUCGAGAUCAGGUUCAUCAGGAUAUGACAGCUCCAUUGUCCCAUUAUUACAUAUAUACAGGUCAUAAUUCAUACCUGACUGGAAAUCAGCUCAGCAGUGACUGCAGUGAUGUUCCAAUCAUAAAGGCACUCAAGAGAGGUGUAAGAGUGGUGGAGCUUGAUAUUUGGCCAAAUUCCACAAAGGACAAUGUGCAUGUUCUUCAUGGAAGGACUUUGACAACCCCUGUGGAGCUUAUUAAAUGCUUGAAAUCAAUUCAAGAGCAUGCAUUUUCUGAAUCUCCAUACCCUGUCAUCAUAACUCUUGAAGACCAUCUUACCCCUGAUCUCCAAGCUAAAGUAGCACAGAUGCUCAUUGAGACAUUUGGUGAGAUGUUGUUUUACCCUGAAUCUGAUUGCUUGAAAGAGUUACCUUCACCGGAAGAACUUAAGUACCGAAUUAUUAUUUCUACCAAACCUCCUGAGGAGUACCGCAAGGCUAAAACUGCCAAUGAAAAGGAACAUGACUCACAUAAGAGUGAGGAAGACUUAUGGGGGAAAGAACCCUCAGAGCUUACAGAAGAACACGAAGAUGAUGACAUGAGUGACAGUGAUUCAAGUGAGGAUAACAGUUACAGUAAUCGUGGAUCGUUCUCAUCAGCAGAACAUGAAUACAAACGUCUAAUUACAAUCCAUGCUGGAAAACCCAAGGGUGGUCUAAAGGAGGCACUAAAAGUUGAACUUUAUAAAGUUAGACGCCUUAGCUUGAGUGAACAAGCACUUGAAAAGGCUGCUGAAUCUCAUGGAACAGAUGUUGUUAGAUUUACCCAGAAGAACAUUUUAAGGGUGUACCCAAAAGGUACUCGGUUCAACUCCUCCAACUACAAGCCACUUAUCGGUUGGAUGCAUGGUGCUCAAAUGGUUGCAUUCAAUAUGCAGGGAUAUGGUAGAUCUCUUUGGCUGAUGCAUGGGAUGUUUAGAGCCAAUGGGGGUUGUGGUUAUGUGAAAAAGCCUGAUUUUAUUAUGAACGAAUCAGAUAAUCAGAUCUUUGAUCCUAAGGCAAAAUUGCCAGUAAAGAAGACUUUAAAGGUCAAAGUAUAUAUGGGAGAUGGAUGGCAUUUGGAUUUCAAACAAACACACUUCGAUUUAUAUUCCCCACCGGAUUUCUACACCAGGGUUGGCAUAGCAGGAGUUCCAGCUGAUGAAAUAAUGAAUAAAACUAAGAAAAAGGAGGACGAUUGGACACCAGUCUGGGAGGAAGAGUUUACAUUUCCAUUGAGGGUUCCUGAAUUGGCUUUGCUUCGAGUUGAGGUACAUGAGUAUGACAUGUCUGAGAAGGAUGACUUUGGUGGCCAAACCUGUUUGCCAGUGUCUGAAUUGAGACAAGGGAUUCGUGCAGUCCCUCUCUUUGACCGUAAAGGAACGAAAUACAACUCAGUAAGGCUUCUAAUGCAAUUUGAGUUCAUCUGAGCAUUUGGUUCUGCUCAUCGAAUUUUCCUCGGCUCAUUUUUAUUCUGUUGCCCCCUGUAGUUCUGCUAUAAGUUUUGUUUAUUUUGCUCAUUGUAAAAGAUUGUUUGGUACUCUCUC